AUGAUGAUAGAACAAGAAGUUAAUUCAUACAUUCAAGAUGAUACAAUGUUUGUUACAGUCAUGACGGAUUUUGGUGACAUAGCUACGAAAGACAGUAUUACCAUACGGAUUGAAUAUCAUUCUGAAUUGCUGACGUAUAUCCAACGAUUAUUAAUUCAACAAGAAGCAGAACGAAGAGCACAACAAUCAAUCGAAAUUGAUAUUGACGAAGAUAUUUUCUUAUUAUCAUCAUCUAUUGUAAUCGAGUAUUUUUUAUCAGUUGGUGCUAAUUGA